AUGGCGAGUGACAUUGCCAGGCAGCUCUACCAGGAGCAAGCCCGAAGCCCUGAGUUGCCAAGGGCACCUACUCUCCCGUCUGCCCGCCAGCAAGAGUUGCACGAGGUGACCCACCAACCGUUUCAGCCGUGGUGCCAGGCAUGCCUAAUGGGCAGAUCCCGGCAGAGCCCGCACGAGCGCAAGGAGGAGGACCCCAAGCCAGAUGGACCCAUCGACCGCAAGCCGGUGAUCCAGAUUGACUACUGCUACACCUUUACUUCUGAGAAGGGCCAGGAACGUGAUGCGCCACAACCCGCCGAUGAUCAGGACCAAGGUCCUGAAGCGACGCCCGACGGUGACUGGCCGAAGAGCAAAGAGGACCCGGAGAAGUUGGACACCAAGGACCAAUUUGGAUGCAGCCUCGUGGCGGCCGAGUCCACCACUGGGUGGAUAUGUGUGGUACCGGUUCUAGCAAAGGGGUCAGCUUCACUGAAGAGAGCAACAGAAGCCCUGGUGCGCAUGAGCAUGAUGGUUGCUGGGUCUGAGCCGGUGAUCAUCCAAGGCGACCCAGAGCCUUCCAUCAAGCAGCUCCUGAACUCCUUCGAGGCAUGCCGUGUGAGACUUGGGCUUGGAGUGGUGCAGAGAGAGGCCCCGAGAGGGUCUCAUGCAAGCAAUGGUGUUGCAGAGAAGGCGGUGAGCACCAUUCGGCGGCACGCCCUCACUUUGAAGGCCCACCUGGAAAGCCGGAUCAAAGCCAAGGUGGGUGGCCAUACACAUGUGUUUGCGUGGCUGCUUCGCCACAGUGGAUUCCUGCACAACCGCUACUUCGCAACGAACAAGGGCCUUCCGCCGUUUGAAGUGGUGAACUCAAAGAAGUAUGUUGGCAAGCUGCUCCCCUUCGGUGAGUCGUGUGUGUUCUUUGCUGGGUCUAAGUACAAGGGAGACCUGCAGUGGCAGAGAGGUGUAUGGGUCGGCGUCAAUGAAAGAAGCAACAGCCAUGUGAUCCUCACUCCCGAUGGUGCAAGGGAGAGCCGUUCAGUGAGGCGACUUCCUGCAGAACAACAGUGGUCAGCGGAAGCUGUCUUGGGCUGCCGUGGGCUGCCUUGGGACUACGGUGGCAAAGGUCGACGCAAAAAGGCUAUGUACACUCAGGAGCGCACCGCUUUGCUCCCAGACUCGGCAACCCUUGAGCAACUUGCGAAGGCUGCGGGAAAAGCUGCUGCCGAAACCAUUGCCGCUGCCACGCCAAUCCCGCCACAGGCGGGGACCGACAAGGAGGUGAAGCUCGAGAAGGCAAUCCCCGCACAGAGCCACAAGACAGACCAGCAGGAGAGCCCCAACGUGAAGUUCGUGGAGAUGAAGCUCGAGGGAGCAAUCCCAACGCAGAGCCGCAAGAAAGACCAGCAGGAGAGACCCCGCGGUGGAAGUGCUUCUGAAGCUGGUGGUUCACCAGCUCCCUCGUUGUAUCCCCCAGGCUUUGCAGGAGUUCGUUAUGUUCGCGGUGAUGUGGAGGCCGCAGAAGAAGCCCAUUGGGGUGAAUGGAUCGAGGAGGUCGGGAACACACUCAUGCAGGAGGAGGAACUCUACGAGCUCGAGACCGAAUAUGAUCUUGAUGGUGACCGACCUCCAGAGCUCACGCCGGAAGAGCUUGAGAAAGUGGACUUCGAAAGUGACAUCAAAGAGCUCACCCGGCUGGAGAAGAUGGGAGUUCUCCGGAGAGUUCGGCCAGAUGAAGAUGUGAGUGGGCAUUCUUUUCUCACGACAAAAGUGGUGCGCGAUUGGCGCAAACGGCCAGGCUGGACCCGACGCUCGAGGCUGGUGGCUAGAGAAUACCGAAGCUGGUCUGCUUGGUCUCAAGAGCUCUUUGCCCCUGCCAGCACGCUUGCCACCAUCAACAGCUUGAUCGCGGUGGCAAUGGCUGAGGGCCUGGAGGCUGCUGUGAUCAUCCAUGUGGAUGGGCGGCUGAUGGGAAAUGAAUCCUCAGAGCCUGUUGCGUUUGUCCUUGAGCGGAUGCUUCCUGGCCAGAGGGCUGCUGCUGGAGAGUGGUUCCUAUUCAUGAAAGAGCUGCUCAGCGGGGCCAGGAUGGAGGGUUUCGUCAAGGAGCCGACGCUCUUUGUGAACAAGGACCCUGAGAACAAGACCAAGUUGAUUUUGCAUGCCGACGAUGGUUUGCUUGGAGCGACCAAGGCAGAGAGAGAAAAGCUUAUCGAGAAGCUAAGUGAGCACGUUGAGGUGAAGGUGAGCGAUGUGCUUACCAAACAUGGUGGCGAAGUGGAGUUCCUCAAGCGACGCUAUGUGGGGACCGAGGCAGGUGUCUACAUGUUCUCAAAUGCCAAGCACGCCGAGGGUCUCAUUGAGGCGGUCGGCGACCACGUGAAGGAGAAGGACACCCCUGCGGACCAGAGCUUCCUAGAGCCUGACGAGACGCAGGCCCUAAGCACUGAGAAGGCGAAGAUAUUCAAGGAAUGCGUCGGGCGGCUCUUGUACUUGAGCCACAGCCGGCCGGACCUGCAGUUCGCAACGUGUGUGCUGUCUUCGAAAAUGUCCCAGCCAACCCAGGGUUCAUGGAAAUGGCUUUUGAAAACUGUCGGGUACCUCGUGAAAGUGCCCUCCCUGGGGUUCUUGAUCAAGCCGAUCCGAGAUGGAGCCUGCUUCGGAUGGAAUGGCGCCAGAGCCCUGGAGACAGGCGGCACCAUUGUGAUUGAGUCAGUGACCGACAGUGACUGGGCAGGAUGCAAGCGCAGCAGGCGAAGCAAGUCGUCAAUCCAGAUCUUCGUCGGAGGUUCUCUGGUGACCUCUGUGGUGCGAACUCAGCGAUCAAUUUCGCUCAGCUCUGGCGAAGCCGAGUUUGUGGCCAUGGUUGGUGGGGCUUGUGAGUCGCGCUAUGUCAAGGACUGCCUUGAGUACAUGGUGAAAGGACGCGGGAUCGCGCAAAGGGUUGGAUGUGGCCGUGUGCGUCACCUUGACGCUGGACUUCUUUGGUUGCAGCAAGCUGUGAAAGAGCGGACGUUCCAAGUGGGCGCAAUCGCUGGAACAGCAAACCCCUCAGACUUGGGGACCAAGCCGGUCCCAAAGGCCCGGCUGAGAGAGCUUCUCUUCAAGCUUGGAGCAGUCGACGACAGCUUUGAAACAAUCGGGCAAGCUGAGCAUGAGGAAGCAGUGGCACGACAGAGUGCCAAGGACUUCUUCAAGAGCAAUGGGGCUGGGAUUAAGAAUGUCAAGCAGAUCCUUCCCAUCCUCCUGAUCCUCUCGCAGCUUCAAGGUGUUGAGGGCUUGAGCUUGGUUGCGGGACAGAGCUUUGAGGAUGUUGCGGCUAUCCUUGUGACGGCCAUGAUUGGCCUUAUGAUUGGAGCGCUCCUGAUUGGAGUGCCUGGAGGCAUUUUGCUUCUGGGAAGAUGGAUGUUGAGCCCAAUGCAAAGGAGCACAAGAACAUGCACACGAGACGCAGGAGUCCAAGCCAACCUUGGAAUGGACCGAGCAGAGCAACAGUUUGUCGAUGAGUAUGUGAACCGGGCGACAGAGCAAAGGAGCGUGAUCCAUGAGCAAGCCCGGAAGAUUGAGCGAAUGGAAACAUUCAGCUUGCUGACAAUUCUUUCUUCUGCAUUGCAACAGCGCCUCUUUUCAAGAGGCAGCGUAAAACACCACCACCAGUUUCUGAAGAAACUUGACCUCUUCCCUCAGCCCCGUUUUGUUAGUGAGCAUUUUGCCCGGAAACGAUCCAAGUCGCAACAAGCAGAGGCGAGAGGUACCACAGACCUGGAUGCGGCAACAUUCGUACGUCCAACAUUAAGACCUACACUCCGUGUGGGCACUGCUUCCCCAACACGGGGUAAAUGUAUAGAUUUUUGA